AACCUUAGCCCAACUGGGUAACACAACACAACACUUGUUUUCUUAAAAGUUCAAACUGUCUGAGUUUUGCAGAAUCCACGGAGCUAAGAAUGAAAUUGUAGAAGAAGAAGCACUUUCACAGAAAACAUGAAAGGGUUAGGUCCUCAUGCCCCUUUGGUUUCAAGGGGAAAGCUUCCUCCUUCGUUGGCAGUAGUGGAUGCCUUGCCAACAUGCUCUUCUUAUUUCUCUAGAACCACCGUCCUAUACCCAUUAAGAUGCAGACAAAAAUCAAGGUUGAGCUUGGCCCGUGGCACAAUUCGAGCCCAAGCAUCCAAUAUUAGUGGUGUUGAACCUGGAGAUUAUGGAAGCAAUACUGAGAAAGAUGGUCAGAAUGUAUUUGAAGGGAAUGUUAUCGAAGGCAGUUCUUCUAAUGUUGUAAAACCUCCUGAUCGGAUCCCUUAUCCUCUCUCUAUAGCUUUUGUGCUGUUGGGAUGUGCACUUGUGUUUUCACUAAUAGCCUUUGUGAAAGGAGGGCCUUCAUCAGUUCUAGCAGCAAUUGCAAAAUCAGGAUUCACUGCUGCAUUUACAUUAAUAUUUGUUUCUGAAAUUGGAGACAAGACAUUCUUUAUUGCUGCACUCUUGGCAAUGCAAUAUGAGAAAGGAUUGGUCCUAUUGGGAUCAAUGGGUGCCCUUGCACUCAUGUCAAUCCUCUCUGUUGUAAUUGGCCGAAUCUUUCAAUCAGUGCCUGCUCAGUUUCAGACAACCUUGCCAAUUGGAGAAUAUGCAGCAGUAACUCUUCUUUUGUUUUUCGGCCUAAAAGCAAUAAAAGACGCUUGGGAUCUUCCAUCAGAUGUGGUUAAGGGUGAUAACAGCAGUCCUGAACUUGAUGAACUUGCCGAAGCAGAGGAGCUUGUAAAAGAAAAGGUGUCAACACGACUUUCAAAUCCACUUGAGAUAGUUUGGAAAUCAUUCAGCCUCGUAUUUUUUGCUGAAUGGGGAGAUCGCUCUAUGCUUGCGACAAUUGCACUUGGGGCUGCUCAGUCUCCUUGGGGUGUGGCAAGUGGAGCCAUUGCUGGACACCUACUCGCAACUACUAUUGCCAUUCUUGGAGGAGCAUUCCUUGCUAACUACAUUUCUGAAAAACUGGUUGGCUACUUGGGUGGAGGGCUGUUUCUAAUUUUUGCUGUGGCCACCUUUUUUGGGGUUUUCUGAUUCAUUGUUGUCUAUCCAUACACCUUUUUUGUGUGCAAUAUAUCACUGAUGGAGCUAAAAGGAAUAACACAUGCUCAAAACAGAAAGAUUGUGAGAGAACAGAGAAAAGCUCAUAUUUUAACUUUGUUAAAAGAUUUCUUGAGUAGAAAUUAGGAGCAAAUUGCUCACAUGGUUGGAGAAUAAGAAGCAUGAAAUGUGCCAUUAGAGUGAGGUUUGAAGAGAAACUUGUGUAAUUCUUUCUCGAGACUAGCUUCUGUAGAGUGUCUUUAUUUAUUGUAUAAUCAAACUACAUCUAAGAUUCAAAGAAACGUGCCUAUCAAAAACAAUUUGCUGUUGUUAGAUUUCCUUAAGGCAGUUUUAUAUUGCAUUGUUCUCUGGUA